AUGGGACGGGAUAGGCGCCUUGCCUGGGAGCCCGAGCAUGUGCCCUGCACCAUCGAUGCCAGCCAGCUUUCAUCCACCCUGGUGGGCCAAGUCCUCCACCACUUGGUCCAGGAGGAGCACCUGGGGCCCACGGUGGCAGAGCUGGAAGACCCACGGCAGAUGCAGCUGGCUCCAGAGACACGGGGAGAGACGGCUUCAUGGUUAGAGCCCGCACAGGAGCUCCCUGAGACCCCUGUGCUGGAGCGACGGGAGGUGUCACCUGCUUCAGCCCCUGCAGAGCCAGAGGAUGUCCCAGCAGUGGCCUCAGCCCAGGGGCCAGGCCCUGAGCUGGAGCCCCAUGAGCCCGCGGGCCUGGGGCCCAGGGCACUUGCUGGAAUGGCACCAGGCGUGGCAGAGCCAGGUCCAGGUCCAGAGCCCACCAGCCCCUGUGCUGCGAGCCCCUGGGACAUCCCAGGAGUGGUCUCAGGCCCCGAGCUGGAGCCCCAUGAGUCCUCGGGUGCGGGGCCCAUGGCACCUGCAGGAAUGGCACAGGGCCUGGCAGAGCCAGAGGUGGUCCCGGAGCCCACCAGCCCCUGUACCAUGAGCACCCGGGAUUUGCCGAGGAAGAGGAAGCGGGGCAUCCUGGUGUUUGCCCCACGCCUGGUGGCCGAGCAGCUGACCCUGAUGUGUGCGGAGCUGUACAGUAGGGUUGAAUGUGGUGAAUGCAAGGUCUACGUAGAGAGACACCCACUGAGGGAAGCCAUUGUGCUCCUGGCCCCCAACAUCCUUAACGUCAUCAAGCACUUUGGUACCACGUUUCAUUUGGUCAUCUCCUCCUGCCUCGGGGGCCCGAGCACGACGGCCCAGGACAGGGCCCGAGUGGUGGAGUUCUGGAUCCAGGUGGCCAAGGAGUGUCUGGCUCUCAGAAAUUUCGAGUCCUUCCGUGCCAUCAUCUUCGCCCUGCAGCGCCCUCCUGUACGUCGCCUGGAGAGCACCUGGGGACAAGUUUCCUGGAAGAGCUCCUGGAUCUACAGAAAACUUAAAAAGAGGAACAAGGGGCUUAAAGGGAAGCAGCUCCUCAAGGAGGCGAGGGCCAUGGUGAAGGAACAGAUGUGCGACCUCAGCGCAUGCCAGUGUACGAAGCAGGUGAGAGUGGCGUGGCGCGGGUCACGGGCAGUGGGGGCGACCGUGUACCUGCUCCUGGUGCCACCAGCCCUGCGUUGCCGGCACUGGGGGGACCAGGAGGAGGGCGAGAGCAGCUGGGUACAGGGAGAAGUUGGAGGACAGCUGCAGGGCCCACAGGUCCUGGGAAUGGCCAAAAGCCAGCCCUGGGAGGGACCAGGAGGGGAGAGCUGGGCGAAGGGAGGGGGGGAGGCCGCACAGGGUGGUCCAAGGGAGCUGGGGGCUGCGGCCCCGAGCCUGGGCCAGGUCCGGGUGCUAUUUCUGGGCAAGCCUUCACCUUGGAGGACCCUGGAGGUCCUCCACUUUGAGAAAGGCUGGGGACGUUCCGGCCUCAUUUUGGGCUCAGGGGACUGA